AUGAAAUUGGAGCACAUCGUAGUUGAGAGUUGAGCACAUAGAUGGCAUUGCGUCAGGGACCCGGUGACUUCUACAAACGUCAAACCGAAAAGAUGUUAACUUAAGAAGGUUACAUGUGAGUGAACACAUUCACGCUUGUUAUCAUCGUUCAAUUUUUAAAAUUGUUCAAGAAUCUUGGAUUGGCAUCAUUCAAACGGUAUUCAAUUUCGUUCAAAUUGAAGCGACUUCGAAAUGGCGACCAGUUUACGACUCAUCAAUUUACUUCGACAAAACCGUACACUCUAUUCGCACUCAUCGAAACUGUUGACACGAAGUGUUCGGUUGCAGGAGACUCGCAUAUUUUCCGGUCAACGAAUUUUGGCGAUUCAAUCGGGUGUACGAUGUUUUAGUUCGGCCAGCACGGAACAGGCAUCCACACGGCAUGUUGAUAAGCAUGAAUUUAAAGCUGAAACACGAAUGCUCUUGGACAUUGUCGCACGGUCAUUGUACUCAGAAAAUGAGGUGUUUAUUCGUGAAUUAGUUUCAAAUGCCAGUGAUGCUCUGGAAAAAUUCCGUUAUACAAUCCAAACGGCCGGUGAUGAUCAGAGCAAAUAUGAAAGCACUGACCGACCAAUGGAAAUUCAUUUGGAAACCAACAAGCAAGCAUCUACAUUGACCAUCAAAGAUAAUGGAAUAGGUAUGACUCGAGAGGAAUUGAUAAGCCAUCUGGGUACAAUUGCCCGCAGUGGAUCGAAACACUUCUUAGAAGAGAUUCAAAAAUCUGGCAACGCAAGUGAGAAUGCUUCGAAUAUCAUUGGUCAAUUUGGUGUUGGUUUCUACUCUGCAUUUAUGGUUGCUGAACGAGUGGAAGUGUUCACUCGGUCAUCAAAGAUCGGUUCACCGGGAUUGAGAUGGAUAUCCGAUGGUACUGGUAGCUACGAAAUCGAAGGGGUCGAUAACGUUGAUGUUGGCACCACAAUUGUUUUGCACUUGAAAAGUGAAUGCCGUGAAUAUGCUGACGAUGAGAGAAUCAAAGCCGUGAUCAAAAAAUACAGCAACUUUGUUGGUCACCCAGUUUAUUUGAAUAAGGAACAAGUGAAUGAAUUGCAACCGCUUUGGCUAAUGGAUCCAAAGGCAAUAACAAAGGAGCAAUAUGAUGAAUUCUACCGCUUCGUUGCAAACACAUACAUGAAACCUCGUUUCACUCUUCACUACAAAGCUGAUGUACCAUUGAGUAUCCGGGCGCUGUUAUAUAUUCCAUCAUCCAAACCAAACUUAAUGGAUUUGUCCCAACACACUGAAGCCGGUGUUGCAUUGUACACGCGCAAAAUUCUAAUCCAAUCGAAAGUCGACAAGCUCUUGCCAAAAUGGCUUCGAUUUGUCAAGGGAGUCGUUGAUUCCGAGGACAUUCCAUUGAAUUUGAGUCGUGAACUGUUACAAAACAGCGCAUUAAUCGCAAAAUUGCGAAACGUAUUAACAUCACGUAUACUGCGUCAUUUGCAAGAAUGUGCCAAAAAGGAGCCAACGGAAUUCGAUGAGUUCUACACGGAAUAUAAUUUGUUCUUGAAAGAGGGAAUCAUCACAACGUACGAAGCAAAAGAAAAAGAGGAAAUUGCCAAACUGCUUCGCUUCAAUUCGAAUCGUGUGGAAAAUAAGACACAAAAAAUUUCGCUCACAGAGUACGUUGCCCGAAUGGAACCAGAUCAAAAGGUGAUUUACUAUUUGGCCGCACCAAAUCGUCAAUUGGCCGAAAGUUCCCCAUAUUUUGAGGGAUUGAAAUCGAAAAAUGUCGAAGUUCUUUUCUGCUAUGAACCAUACGAUGAACUCGUUCUAUCUCAAUUGCAAUCGUUUGCUGGCAAAGAAAUUGUAUCGGUUGAAAAGGAAAUGCGAACGGAUACCGAUGCUACGGAUCUAAGCGAUUUAGGACCAGACAGUUUGCAGCGUUCACAAAUCAAUGAAUUAUCCGAAUGGAUUCAGAAACAAUUGGAGGGAAAAGUAGCCAGUGUCAAAGCCACCACACGAUUAGUGGAGCAUCCAUGUGUGGUAACUGUUGAUAAUAUGGCCGGUGCACGGCAUUUUAUUCGCACACAAGGUCAUCAAAUUCCCGAAGAGAAUCGCUAUGCCAUUCUGCAGCCACAGCUCGAAAUCAAUCCAAAGCAUCCAAUUAUUAAGAAAUUAUUUCAAUUGAAAGAAUCAAAUCCAGAGCUCAGCGCGCUACUCAUCCAGCAAUUGUUUGGAAAUGCAAUGGUCGGCGCACGACUAAUCGAUGAUGCACAAAGUCUUAUCAAAUCGAUCAAUGAUUUAUUGACAAAAGCACUAGAAAAACAUUAAAUUUGUACGAAUGUUUCUGGUUUUUGAAUAGGGAUGUUUGGAGAAAAUAGAUGGAUAUAUGUAUUUUUUGUUGUUGGACAAAACAACAAAUUAAAAAAUUAUGUAAAACAUGAUUAUUAUAUUAAUGAAUUUGAUAAAUAAAACUGUACUAUGAUGAAAGAAUGAAAAACAAA